GAGGAGAUUCCAAAGGGGUGAAAGCCUCAGUAGUUGAGCCGCAGCUAGAGUGGGCGAACGCGACCGGAGGGAGCGCCAGAGACCCCUUAGAUCCCUGCCAGGGCCGGGAGGGGAGGCGGAGGCCCGAGGUGAGGGGUCUCGGGCCCGCCGCAGCUACCGGGAUAAAUGUCGGGGUUUGCAGAGACGGGGGGAAACAGAAUGCGGGUGAGUGGGAAGACAGGCGAUGGUUUUCCUGGCUCCCAGCUGGAGAAUUUGAAAGCCUGUUCCGGGAGGCUGUUGGCGUCUAGUUGUCAUAACAACCGGCCGCCGCGAGGCGGGAGAUGGCGGGGCGGGGCCAACGGGCUGCAGCCAGGAAACGGACGGAGGCAGUCAGGCCUCGGAGGGGCCCCCAGCGGCCGUUGUGCGGAGCGUUUGGCAUAACUCGGUUGGACCCAACUGCACAACUUGGCGUUUAGGACCCUUUAAGAUCCGGGCUGCUUGGAAGAUGGUGCCCUAAGAAGCAUCCCCUGAGUUGGGCGCCCAUGGCAUCCCAAGACAAAGAUGUGGGGCCCCCGCUGCCCUCUCCCUGGGCCUCCCAGGCAGGACCCUGGGAGGCCAUCCUCGCGGCCGUCAGGGAGCAGCUUCCCUCACUAGACUCGGAUUUCUCCUCGUCGGACCACGAGGAGGAGGAGCUGUUCAUCUUCCAGCGAAACCAAACCGUCCUGGUUCCGGACUUGUCUGAGGAGCUGGCUGAAGACCCUUCUGGGGCCUGGGGUGCAAGAGCCAACGAUCCUGAGCCGGCUGUGGCGCCUGCGGGAUUCGCCGCAGAGCCCUGGAGUGCGUGGGACGCGAGGGCGACGGGGGCAGCCCCUCUGGAGGGAGGGGACCCUGCUGGGCCCUCGGAGAGCUGUGGGGAGGUGAGCUCCCUCCUCAGGAGGCCCGAGGACCCGCCCACAGGGCAGGAAGGUGACCUUGGGGCCAUGUCCUUCAAUACCCAGAGUCCUCCCUGGAGGCCGCAGGGAGAAGCCACCCUGUGCCCCUGGGAAGGAGACCCGAAGACAGAGCCCCCGAUCGCCGCCGCACAAGCCCAUCCGAGCUCAGACUCCGAAAGCCGCAGAGCCCUCCAGAGGGAGAGAAGGAAGAUGAUCGAGAAAGACAUUCUCCAUAAAGUCCCAUGGCACCCCGGGGACCCAGCCUGCAGGGGCCGAAGUCCAGUGGAGAUGCCCUGGGAAGCCGCAGCCUCGGGUCCGAGGCCAGAAAUGCCACCAGAGGCGCCCCAGGAAGGACCGCUGGCGCUCUCCCUGCAGGUAGGCAGCUCCCCUGCCCUGUGCUUCCUUGGGGCGUCCCCUGCGCGGUCCUCUAGCUCGUCUUCCACAGGCCAGCUUGAGGGCCGGCCGACUGCACCCGUCCUUGUCUAGUUGGGCUGCCGCCACAAUCCCACAAACUGGGCAGCUUAAGCAACAGAAAUUCAUUUCUCACAGUUCUAGAGGCUGGAAGUCCAAGAUCAAGGCGCCGGCACAUCCGGUGUCUGAUGAGCACAGCUUCGUGGUUCACAGAUGGUUUCUUCCCGCUGCGUCCUUGAGAGGCGGAAGGGGCACAGAGCGCUCAGGGGCCUCCUUUAUAAGCAGGAUAAACCCAUUCAUGAAGCUCCACCCCAUGACUCAUCACCUCCCAGUGGCCCCACCUCCGAACACCACCGGGUGGGGGGUUAGGAUUUCAACCUGUGAAUUUUGGAGGGACACAAACGUUCCUCCCGUCACAACGACCUUAGGCCAGUGAUCGGCCAGUGAGCAGGCUCAUGCCUACCUCACUGGGGGUGUGGAGCCCCCCCAGACAGACCCGCAGGUGGAGUUCAUGAACCAGGAACAGCAAGGAGCCCCCAGCCUUCUUUAAAAGAGAAAAGGCGUAAUGACCCCAAGCGUGCUCAUAAAGACGUACAACCACAUACAACUUCCAGAACAGACCUUGUCAAAGUGAGAUUCUCAACUCGAAGCCCUCAUUCUCACGUAGACAGCGAGCACCUGUUGUCAUGGUACUCGGCUCAUUAUCGAGGGGACCGGCAGGAGGACAAAGCGGGUUCAAGGAGGUGAUGAGAAACCGGGGUUUCACAAAACACCAGGGCAGAAGAAAGGAAUGCCAGGUAAAAUGGCUCCAUUAAGUACCUGAUCAGUGAACACCUACCAGGCAACAAAACCGUCCCCUUGGGGUUUUCUGCUCCCCUGAAUGGAAGAGAAACCACUGCACCUUCCCUUCUCGUUUUUACAAAGUCGUGGAAUAGGUGAGCCCUGGUCAACUGUGCAAACCGAAUGGUCUCCCCUAGAAAGGUGGGCCUGUUAGCAAAGCUCCAGUAUGACAUCCAAGUGGCAUGCAGUUCUCUUUUUUUGCCCUAUUUUAAAAUUUUGAUAAUUUUCUCAACGACUUAGAGAAAACUGGCAUCAAAGUGUAUGUGGAGGUCGUCCAUUGCUGUUUAAAUAGGCCAGUAUUGUCUUUCUGGUCACCCUGAACACUUGCUUUCACUCACCUCUAAGGCUGCAAAGAGCUGCAAGGUCCCACAUAAGAACAUCAGCCCUACUAACCCCCCGCCUCCUGUUAGCACAGCCCACCCUGCACCCACAGCCGGCUCUUCCAAGCCCUCCGGGGUUCACACCUGCCUAGAACCAUCUGUUUCUUAGAAGAGCAAGACGCUCUAACCUCGUCACAUUUCCAACCCGUGUGAGCCUAAAGAGUUUUAAGACGGCACCGGGUUUCCUCAGGUCAAACAAUGUGUUUGUGCCAAAAAACAAAAGUAUUGCCCAAAAAAGGCAUACGAAGGAGGGUGCAAGAAACCCAGGCCCCACCCACCUCAAGGAGGUUCACUGCGCAGCCUGGGCGAGUGAGCCAUCUUUAAACGUGAGCUCUGAUUUCUCCCCACGACACCCCGUGACAGCCACAGCAGCUGUGAGGUCGGCACUCUGGCCUCCGGGCCCUGCGGCAGCCCCAUAAUCACCACGUUAAUCAUUGCAGCAACUCGAAGAGUUGGGUUCGGACCACAUCCUUCGGAGUCUGGCAGAGCAAGAGGAUGACCGGGAAGAGGGCGCACCUGGAGCCGCGUGGGCAGCUGACC